CAUUUUCAUCACUUGCAAUUAUCUCUUUCUCAUUUUCAAUCAUUCUUCCAGAAACCCUUUUCUUUCGUUUCACUCUUUUCAUCUGCCAUGGCACCCAAGGGAGAGAAGAAACCAGCGGCAAAGAAGCCUGCAGAGAAGGCACCAGUAGAACCCAAGGCCGAGAAAAAGAUCCCGAAGGAUUCAUCCUCCACCGACAAGAAGAAGAAGAGAAACAAGAAGAGCGUUGAGACCUACAAGAUCUACAUCUUCAAGGUUCUUAAGCAAGUUCAUCCUGAUAUUGGAAUCUCCAGCAAAGCCAUGGGGAUCAUGAACAGCUUCAUCAAUGAUAUCUUCGAGAAGCUCGCUCAGGAGUCUUCUAGACUCUCUCGCUACAACAAAAAAUCCACCAUCUCUUCCCGGGAGAUCCAGACUGCUGUUCGUCUUGUUCUUCCCGGUGAGCUUGCCAAGCACGCCGUUUCCGAGGGAACCAAAUCUGUCACCAAGUUCACCAGUUCUGAUUAGAAAUACUGAUUUAAAUUAGGGUUUACUUGAUGUAUAUUUUGCAUCGGUUCGUUUGUAACGCAGCAAUGAAAAAUCAAUGAAAUGAAUUGUGUUUAAAUUUUUUUCCUUA